UAUGUACAGACGCUCUAGGUCUGGAACUGUUUCUGGAGUGGCUUGUUUCGAUUCACAUCUAAAUUUAUGAAAAAAAACAUCAAACUAUCAGAAAAAUAAAUGCCAACUGUUCUGACCGCCAUCGGGAUCGCGAUAAGUUGGAUUUUACCUUUUGGUUGAUUUUGCGGUUUGAAUACUCCCUUGCAGCUUGUAAAAGGCCUGCAAAGGUAAAACUAUAUGGCGGAUAUAGUAUGUUGUGUAACUGGGUAACUGCCAUUUUCAAUUUUGUGACUUAAUAUGCUUAAUAAGCAAUACUAAAAAGGCCUGGAUAUCUGCGUUCUAUAAAGUCCUCACAGAAAAUAUAGUAUUUAAGUACUCCCUUUUUUGAAAACACAACCUAUUUAGAAAAGGUUGUUCUGGAAUUCACAAAAUCGGGCAGGGUGCUAUAAAGAAGAUCAUGAUAAAAAGAAUAUAAAUUUUGAAAAAAUCUAAAUAUAAACCCUCUUACCCUUAUAUCACUAAGGCCUUGACUUCUCCAUUAAGUUUGAACGUAGUUGCCGUUGGUUUCUGUAUUCCUUACUCCGACACAAAACCCGGGCCACGCCCACAACUCCAUGGAGGACCGCCGACUGAGGAUGCGGGCCUAUAGGAAGGCCCGCCGGAAGUUCGCCUGUGUCGUUUAUAUGGUGACCAUAGCCUGGAUGGUUCUGGCUCUAUUGCAGUGGCUCCUGGUCAGCCUAAUCUCAGAUAUAACCCUGGUCUUCAUUAAUCUUUACUGGAUUAGUGUGAUCUUCUUUGCUUUGGCCAUGGUUAUGGUCACACUGUUCAUAUUCUUCGAGAAGAUCCGCUUCAUCAUUGGUCUCAACUGGCUGAUCACCGUGCUGAUACUAGGUGGAGUUCGUGAUUAUAGGUAUAUUCGCUCUGGUGGCCCGAUCUCUUUGGCCAGAUCUUAUAAUGUGGUUUUUCAUCUGCGUGCUACUGGUCUUCCUGUUCGUUCUGCUGGGUUCUAUAAUACCACACGAUCUUACAUUGGACGUUGUAAUCCUGUUUGUAAUGGCCUUUAUUUUUCUGAUCGUCACCAUCUUCUUUGUCAUGAUGCACAUUCUGAUCGCUAUGCCCUAUUCCUUCGUAGUGUUCCAGAUCUUCAUCAGCGUUAUCGUGCUGUUGUUCGUGAUGUACCAUGCACAGACGAUCAACGGUGGACGCUUCGCCGAGAUGCGACUCAACGAUCACCUGCUGGCCUCCCUCAUCCUCUUCCACGACUUCAUCAUCAUCUUCCUGCUGACCUUCUAUGCCCAGAUUGUCUACCGGGUCGCUUCGAGAGCCUCGACAACUACGGGGUCUCCACUUUUUGCCACCUGGGCAGACACGACGCCGAUUAUUGAGAAUAUCGAUGAAGAUUUCGCGACAGAAGAGGACAUAACCAGCGAAGUUGACGGUGAACCUUCUCGCGAACUAUCACCCGACGAAGAAAGCAUGGUGUUCUUCUAAUGGAUGUGUCUGACUUUUCUGGGCAUUUACUGAUGGAGAGACUAAUUGCCCGUCGACUUAAAACCUGUGUCCAUUGGCAGGCCAAGGAUAAUUUCAGGAUUCAAGGGCCUGGCGUCCGGAUGAUAUCAAUAAACACUUACAAUAAAAUAACAACAUUCUUAUAAAAUGUUAA